CUUUUCUCUCUUUUUGCAAGGUAGUUUGUCCAUGUGGAGAAUAAUAAUUCCGUAAAAGACAAAAUGACGGAGAAUAAAAGUGCGGAUACGCUUUCGUUGGUGAAAAGUGACCAAAGAAAGUUUUCGAAAGAAGUUAAGAAAUUGAGAAAGAAAUUGCAGGACGGCACCAUAUCUAUCAAGCUAUACCAAGUGGGUGCCAAGCAAAAAGUCGAAAGCAAGAGAGGUUUGUUGUAUAUCGCACACAUCCCGCACGGUUUUUACGAAAAGGAAAUGAGGGAUUAUUUUAGUCAGUUCGGUAAAGUGACUAACGCGAAAGUGUGCCGCUCGAGGAAGACUGGCAAUAGUAAAGGAUACGGUUAUGUGGAAUUCGCUCAUGCUGAAGUUGCCAAAAUCGCGGCUGAUACGAUGAACAAUUAUAUAAUGUUUAAGAAAAGAAUCGUCACAAAUUAUGUACCAUAUGAAAAAAGACCGAAAGGUUUGUUCCCCAGCAAAAGCAGCAAUCUGAAGCAUUCAUCAGUAAAAACGCGGCGCGGCAAAGAGAAACAUUCGAAAAACCGCAUUUUGGAGGAUAGUGUGAUAAAACAAAAACAUAAAACUUUAAUAAAGAAACUGAAGGGCAAGCUUAAUAAAUUGAGAGCUCUGGACAUUCAGUGUAAUGUUUUGUCUCUUGGAGUUGAGAAGCAGCGGAAGGGGAAGAGACCUGUCACUGAAGAUAUUCAAAAUGUACAAGAGCCCGAGGGACAGUUUGUCGAAGUGGAUUCGGACGUAGAAUUUAAAAUACCAGCCACCAAAAAGCUGAAAACGUCUAUAAGCCACUCGCAGGCUAUUAAAGAGAGGAUUUUAAGGCCCUCUCAAAAGUUGUUGAAAAGGGUGUUGCGCUCGCGGGACAACGAAACCCAACCAUUGGUCACAAAACCAAAGCAAAAGGCUGUAAAAGACAGUCCUAGAGGUGGAGGUAUAAAAAAAUCUAAAAGAGGCAACAAAGUGCCUAUCAACACGGAAGCGGUUAAGAGGAUCGCCAAAGGGCUGAUCCGGCAACGCAGUGCAAACUCUUUGGUGAAUUUGGUGAGCAGCAAGGAAGUCAAAAAUUAUAAAAAAUCCCCAAAAAAGAAAAAGUGAAGACUGUAGGGACAAAGUUUUAAUAAAAAUAUAGAAAACUGGA